UCCAGCUGGGUGUGUGCAUGAAAUGUUUCAUGUAAAAACAAUUUUGGAAUAAUUUUUGUCAGACUUUUCUUCAAAAUUCGCGAGUUUUCUCGGAAAAUCUAUUGGAAAAUUGUGAAAGUGUUUAAUAGGAUUUUGCAGUGUCCCAUCUUAGUGGCAAGAUGAUAAAUGUAACAGUGAAGACUCUGGACUCCCAGAAUCAUCAAUUUUCAGUUGAUGACGAGAUUACAGUGCGUCAGUUCAAGGAACACAUUGCCGAGAAGGUGAAUGUCGAAGCAGACCUCCAGAGGAUCAUAUACUGUGGGCGUCUACUCAAAGAUGAGAAGUUCCUGCGGGAAUAUGAUGUUAAUGGGAAAGUCGUCCACCUGGUUCAACGUGCUCCACCCACUACUGUUCCAACUACGAGCACAACUGAGACUCCGCCACAGAAUCGUUGGAGGGUGCGGAAUCUCAAUGCACGGAGUCCACUCAUCAGGGCAAUAGAUGGAAUGGUUCUGGGGGCAAUGGCUAUCCCCAUGAAUGCCAGCAAUGGGGCCCCUCAAGCUCCGGCUCCGUCACUCAACCCAUCUUCCACGCUGUGCAUGAAUCGCAUUACAGUGGCUCGUCACAUGUUGGAGUGCGCCAAUAAUAUUGCGCGCUUCCUGGAGAAUCCCGAGGGGCGUUCUCGUCCGCAGGGGCUCAAUAACGCCGCUAUGGAGGAUUUGGCGCAACAAUCCUUGGAGUCAACUGUCUUCGAGGUGGGCAUUUCAGCGGUGGGUGAGAUGGACAUUCCGCAGGUGCAGAUGCAGAACCUCAUGCACGCCUUUCAGGGGGCUGUCACGGCGGCAUUGCGUCAGAAUGGUGUACCCAAUAUUCGUGUAAUGCAACCCGGUGCACAGCCGGGUAGUGGCGAGAGACCAGCUGAAGCAGUGCCGUCAGUGCAGGUUCCCGAAGCAGCAUCCGGAGAAGAUGCAGCAGCAACAGGAGAUGCAGCUGCAGCAACAACCAGACCACAGUCAAGCAGCACCACUGAAUCGCCCUCAUCUCAGAGCAGUCCUACAGCUGGUGCAGAGGGUGCAGCUGCUGCCCCGGGGCAACGUCCGCGGCAGCAGACAACACGUACGCAAGUCUUGGCGACGGUUGUGCAGCAAAUGCGUGACGUUCAAGCGCGUCUGGAGCCUUUUGUUCAGCAAUACUACGACAUCCUUCAGAAUGAUCCGACCUACGAGACAGAGGAUGAACGGAACACAGCUCAGCGUGUCUUUGAUCAUGUCUCAGAGGCUUUUCAUUACAUUUCGCAUGCUCAACAUGCAAUUAGUGAUUUGAUGUUGUGCCUCUCCUCAACCACACCACGUCAUCUAUGCUGUAGACCAAUUCUCGUGGAGCAGAGUGCGUUCGUUAGUUCGGAGUUUACAGUACCGGCUAAUUUGGCCAAUGUUACACGUCCAAAUGGCAAUAACAACGAGACAGCAGCAGCUACUGGGGUUGCUGUUCCUCAGAAUACCGGCCAAGGGGAGAAUAAUAACGCCUCCACUAUGCAGCAGCAGCAGCAGGAAGGUGAUCAGCAGCGAGGCAACAACGAUGGCCCACAGGCUGCUGCUCCAUUGAGACCAGGUGGUGCCCCACAGUCAGCAGAGGCAGCAACAGACGACGGUCGCAUGCCCAGAGCAUCAGGAAAUCAAGAACUCCAAAUUGCUCGAAUCAUCCAGGCGGUCGUUAAUACGGCCCCCGUGGAUGCUGACCUCCAAGUUGAGAUAAAUCCACCCCAAAGUUCAGCAUCGACAAGCAAUCAACCGAGUACAGCAACAACAACUGCAGCAACAUCUUCCAAUGCAACUCUAACGCCAAAUGAAUGGACCAUAAAUGUUCAUUUGGGGGACAUUGGGUUGGGGAAUGUGAUUGGUGGUGGAUUGAAUCAGGUGCCGCGUGUCACGACGGUCACAUUGCCAACAACAUCAACGCAAACACGCUCAACGGCACGCCAGCAGAUGCACACGGCCAACAUCCCGGCAGCACAGAUGCGCAACUUCCGUCCGGCUUCGGGGAAUUUAUUCUCCGUCUUCGAUCGCUUCCUGCCGUGCAAUAGUCACCAUAUUUGGGAUCGCAACGGUCCACAGGGUGCUGAACAGCGUGCCCGUGCUAAUCAAGCUACGCAGGCACAGAAUCAGGCAACACAGAGCGGUGGGAUUGAAGUCACGCAGGCAGAUGCGCCGCAUGUCGGGCAUAUUGGUCAGACACUACCAUCCGCUGCACUUCGUGCAAUCCGGCAGAUGGAUUCAACCACAUUCGCUGAUUUACUUGAUCCACCCCUAAAUCCCGACAUGAUAAAUGAAAUUUAUCCAUAUCUCCAGGCUUUUGUGCAUGAUACCUUCUUCAAUGGGACAACUGUGUCGGAGGAGAGUACAGCACAGGCUGUUGAUGUCUUUUUGAGAUUCGUAGAGUACAUCCUGGAUAUUCUUCCGCGGUCAGAUGACUCAGACUACGACGCUAGGGCGUCAAUUGAGAAUCUCCUGCGAAGUACACUUCCACGGGCAUUUGAGAUAAUCCUUUCGGAAUAUUCUGCGGAUUUUGGGGGUCGUUUUUUGAGAUUUUUCCGACAUUUCUGCGAAAAUUUCUGCCGGAUUCUCCUUUUGUGCUUUAGCCAAGCUCGAUCCAGGCGAUUUGUGGAAGAAAUGAGAUAUUGGCCCCUGCCCAAUGUGGAACGCAUACAGGUGUUCCGUGAUCAACUUUUUCGGGAGAUUCAACGGAUUAUUGAGCAAAUGCGUGAUGUGGGGACGCAUGAUGAGCGUAGGGAGAUGCGUGAGCAGGUUCAACCAUAUCUUGUGAUACGUGGACGAGCACCCCCGGCUGAAAGGUCAUGUGUGGGGCAACAGAGGGCACAAGAGCAACCACCAGAGGAACCAAUGGAAACGGAUGAGGUGAUUAUUGAGGAGCCGAGUCAAAGUCAAUCUUCGAUGAGUGUCGAUGCUGAGCCUCCGGUGGAAAUUGAACCACAACCAUGGCAUAGACAUUUCCCAUCUGAUUGGAUUCCCAUUAUAACGCAAGAUGUGCAAAAGCAGCGAAGACAGCCUGAACAGCAAGCCUUUUCCGAUGCCUACCUAAUGGGAAUGUCGUCAAAGAGGCGUAAACUGAUUGCCAGCGCAAAACCCCCAGCUGAUGUUCAGGAGGUUCUGAGUGAGGGCGUAAGGCAGGCUAUCAAAGCAACAGGCCUCACGUGCGCCAGCCAAACAUCCGUUGAUGAUGUUUCGCGUGCAAUUGCAACAGACUCAAAUGUUCAAUCAUCGUAUCAAGAUGAAAUGAAGCAGAGACUACAGAAUCAGGCUGAAAAGCAUCCGGACUACAAGAGAGAUCGUUUCCCAUAUAGUUACAAAUAUUUCAAAUAAUCCCUUUUUGACGAAAAAAAAAAAGGAUUUAAGCGGGGAAAGGGAUUUGUUGGGCUAUAUACUAAAAAGAAAUCCUUAAAAUUGACUAAAAAAAAACACAAAAAGAUAUGACACGUGAGCAUGACUGGAUGAAGUUGAAAGAAUGAAUGAACAUACAGUAUAAUCAAUCAUAUUAAACUGUAAUAACAAUAUUUUCUUGUUAUGCUUUUUCCAUGUAUAAGUUUUCUUUAAAAAAAAACCUUUUUUUUAUUAUUUCCCAUCUUGUCCUAAAGAAUUUAAUAUUUGUUGCAUUUCACCCCUUUUCCCCUACAUAUUGCUUAUUAAAAUAUGAUAUUAAACAAUUUUUUUUGUUUGUUUGGGUCAUGAGAGAUCGUUGAUAGUGAGUUAUAAAGAGAAAAGAAGACUUGUCCAAGUCAAAGAAAGUAAAUAAUUUUGCAAAACUAAAUUAUUUUGAGUUGAAAAAUAAUUAGGAAUAAUGAUGGAGGUGUAAGAGGAAAGGAAAUGUAGAUGUGAGAGCAAAGAUAAACAUUUUAAAUUUUAUGAAAUAAAAUAUUCUUUUAGCUCCCUCA